CAUUUUCAUUUCUCAAGCUCCCUUCACAAAUUCUAGUUUAAUUUGAGUUGGAUUUUCAAUUUAGAAUUUCCAAAUUUCCCUGAUCACGCUGCACCGGCCUGAUCGGUGGAAAUUCCGAUUUCUUUUUAUAUUUCCCAAUGUAUACCUAGUAAUUCUCCUCUUUUUUUCUUUCCAGAAGGAUGAAAGAUUUAUGCAUGUCUUGAUUUAAGAGGGAGAUAUAUAUGUAUAUAUUUGGAAUAUAUUGGGGGAGAUUUGACCCUUUUUAUGAAACUGCGAAUUUUAAUGAAAAUUGAAGAUAUCUUCCAUUUCAUUCUAUCGUCGGGAAAGGUGUCUGAUCAUUGUAUGUAGGUUUUGUUGUUAUUUUAUUGGAUAUUAAGAAAAUGGGGGAGCAUUUGGUGGUGUAUGUGGACCGGCUAGAAAAGACGAAUGAAGCAGGGUCUACCCAGCGACUUUCGGAGGCUAAGCACAUUGAGAAGAUGUCAGAAAUGGUGGGGGGCUCUUCUCGUGCUCUUGUUGGCGACAUGGGAGAGCUUGAGGAGAUUGUGGGUGAGGAGGAACCUCUAAUUGGAAUUGCUGAGUGCCGCAUCUGCCAGGAGGAGGAGUCUGUCAAGAAUUUAGAAACUCCAUGUGCUUGUAGUGGCAGUCUCAAGUAUGCUCACAGAAAAUGUGUUCAACAUUGGUGCAAUGAGAAGGGGGACACUACUUGUGAGAUUUGUCACCAGUAUGCAGCCCUACCAGUCAGGUUAUACUGCCCCACCUCAAGCUCAGCCUGAAGACACUAUCAUUGAUAUUGGUGGAGGGUGGCAGAUCUCUGGUAUGCCUUUGGAUCUGCAUGACCAUCGCCUUUUGACACUUGCAGAGGCUGACCGCCAAAUUUUGGAAGCUGAAUAUGAUGAUUAUAAUGCUGCAAAUGCAAGUGGUGCUGCUUUCUGCCGCUCUGCUGCCCUAAUUUUGAUGGCUCUUCUGCUAUUACGGCAUGCUAUGAACGUCACAGACGGUGAUGGUGGUGGUGAUGAUGAUCCAUCUGCUAUUUUCUCUCUUUUCUUGCUAAGGAUGGUUGGAUUUCUUUUGCCAUGCUACAUCAUGGUCUGGGCCAUCAGUAUUUUGCAACAGCGAAGGCAAAGAGAGGAGGCGGCGGCAGUGGCGGCAACACAGUUUGCAUUUGUAGUGCAAUCAGCAGCACAACGAAAUGGAAUGCAAUUUACUAUAGCAUCAGCCACACCUGCAAUUCCUAUAGCUCAAGAGCGUCAAUAACAACUAAUAUUUAUUGAGGGUGGGGUUAUUUAUUGUCGACAAUGUGCUUUGAAAUUAUGGUGUAUAUGGAUUCUAAGAGUUCACAAGAGGUGUAAAACAAAUUAUACAAAGCAAUUGUUUUUUAUUGAUGUAAGUUGCAAUUGUGAUAUAUAAAGAAUUUAUAAGGGCAGGCCGGCGCCGGGUA